GCUACUUCGAAGGAGACAGCUGAUCCCCGUCAAAGUGGGGGCAACCCGCAGAUCUCUUCUACGCACCUCCGCGAAGCCGAAGGACGAUAAGGGAUAAAACAGCAGUUCGAGUCCGUUGGUCGCGAGAGUUACGUCGCGUUUUAAGCUUACUGCAUUUUGGAGCAAGUGUAUUUUGAGUAAUAAAACGCGCAGACGUUCCAGAGUCAGGAGGUUAUGUGAAGCUAGUGUAGUUUAACCUAAAAAAAACAGAUCUGUCUGGGUUUCGGCAACGCUGCUACCUCAUCAUGGCAACGCCAACGAACGGAAACGGAAAUCUCAUAGACGAGUUCGAAGAAUCUUUUCAACAAUGCUUGAAUUUGUUCAUAAAAGAAGACGGACUUGAGAAAAACGGAGUCAGUUCACUCGUAGAUAAGGACGAAACAAAAUUAGAAGUCGAUCAAACGACUCUAAGAUUCAUAGACCUAGCUCGCCAAGUCGAAGCUUUUUUCUUGCAAAAAAGAUUCCUCCUAUCAGCUCUCAAGCCCGAGCUCGUUAUCAAAGAAGAGGUGCAGGACCUCCGAAACGAGCUCGUGCGCAAAGAAGAUCUGAUGAAGAAGCAUUAUGAGAAAAUACAAAUUUGGCAAAAGUUACUCGCCGAAAUGCACGGCGGAGUACAGCGAAACGGGCUCGCCAAUUCUAAUCAAGCGGUUCAACCGCAAGUAACCACAAACGGGAGUAAUAAUCCCGUUCAACAGCAGCUGUUGCAGCAGCAGCGUAUGCAGCAACAGCACCAGCAUCAGACGUUCCUCCUGCAACAGCGUCAACAGCUUCAACAGCAGGCUCAACAGGGUCCCAGCGGUGCAGGGAACUCUCCAAAUAUCCAAGGGGCUGGAGUUCCCGUUGGGCCUCAAAACGUGAUGAUGAAUCAACCGAAUACCGCUAGACCGGCAGGUUUUCCGGUCGGAGUGAACAAUAGUCCACUUCAAGGACCGUUGGCUUUUCUCGAAAAAACGACGAGCAACAUAGGAAUGCCUGAGAGGCGAAGUUGACGCGGAAGAGGGAGGGGGCGCGGUAGGGGCCGUGGAAGAGGUCGAGGAAGAGGUGCAGGAGGAAAUUUGUCCCCUCCGCUACCUAUGCUCGAUCCGUCGGAUCCCUCAUCUUACACUGCAGCAGCGUCUCUUCCCUCUCAACAACAAUAAACGCUAUAGCUCUUAUUAAUUAAUUUUUUUAUACACCUAACUUGUAACAAAUUACCUUUCGUAACUCUGUAAAUCUUGUAAGCAAUACAGAAUAACUAUACAAUCGUAUGUUUAAAAAAAA